AUGAAAAUUCGAAGCGGUGCUAGCUUUUCUAGCAUUCAAGAAUUUUUGACAUUUUUCGAAGCAUACAAAAUUGUCAACUUCGCACCUUUCCGAGUUGGCAAUUCCGAGCUUCUCAAACAGAAAGAUGAAAGUGUAGAAUUUGUAAAUCGGUUCAAAUAUAAAUAUGUUAAUUAUCACUGUGCACGUUAUGGCCCUAUACGCUGCAGAGGCAGAAACAUAAGAAGAUACAGAUCGUAUUUUGCAUUGCACUGUGACGCAGUUUUGCGCUUGCGACUCUCUCGCGAUACUUUGACUUUGCGCAUUACAACUUUCCGGGAUGAGCAUAGCCACGCACAAAAUGAAGAGAAGUAUUUAAGAGUGGUAGGGCGAAGAAAGAGAGGCGAACUGAAGUACCGAUUAGAAAGUAAAACAGAAAAUGCUGAAGCAGCAACUACUUCUGCAGCCAUCAAAAAGAGCAAGGCUGACAAAGUGAACAAUUCUGCAGCCACCAGAAAGAACGAGACUGGAGAGGAUUCCACUCCUGUACCCAUUAAAAGAAGAAGAACUAAACAAAUGAUCGAUUCUGAUUUAGAUACCACUGGAGUGAUUGAUUCUAAUGUCUCUCCUGAAAAUUUGAAUAUCAAGGACUCAGAAGAAGCAAAUAAAAAUGCUUCAGUUACUGACCAAAAAUCUAACAUCAGCAAUAAGGUAGCAAUCAACUUGAAUAUUAGUGAUUCAGCAAGAGAGAGUGAAGUCACUUCAAUCACUGCUGAAGGAGGUGACAGCGGUACAGUAGUUGAUUCAACUACCAAUGAAUUGACAGCAAGAAAUGAUCAAAAUGGCAGCAGUGUUGUUACUGAUAAUCCGAUUGCUGCUGUGACGAACGAUCAAAAUCCUUUUGUGCUAGGUUUUGUCAAUGCUGUGCAUUACAAUUUAUUUUAUCAGCACAUGAUGAAUGCGCAAUUCAAUUACAUGUUUUAUGUAACUCCGUAUGCAGUUUAUCAGAAUCAACUCAAUGAAUAG